CCUUACUACACGACAGGGCCACCAUAUUAAAUAUCUCAACCGUCUGGUAGUUCCUGGGAGGCACGCCGACGCGAGUACAUAUCAGGCCUGGGCGCGCUCUCCAUCCAUCUCCUCCUCUGCUGCUGCUGCACUACUACCCUACCCCUUGGGUUUGUGGACGUCAACAUCUAGUACCCUCGACCUUGGUUCUUUCCGCAACCCGAGCCACAGGUCGUCCCCACUACAGCAAAUAAGAAGGAUACGAAAAAGAAAAUAAGAGCACCAAAAGAGAUCAGGUCCCGAAGCCCCAAUAGAAAAAAAAAGAAAAGACAACAGCACCGCGGCACAACGACGAUCUUUCGGCCGGACGGAGCCACUUUCACCCCCAGGUAUCCCACCCAGCCCAUGCCUGCUAUAUGCCAGACAACAUCCCACAGUAUUUAUCACCACCUCCAUCCGCGCCCAAGUCUCGCAUCCUCCACACCACUCGCCUCCCAGCACUUCCAACACCAGCACGGCCCGGCCAAGGUGCUAGCGUGUCAGCAAUAGCCAGCCGCCCUAGCAGAGGAAGCGACGGAGACAUCGGUCAUCAGCUGUUUUCGAGCACGACCGCCAGCACGCCAGCUACGCCGUCGACGCCCGUCAACUAGCAGCACUCUUAGCUCGCUUGUCCAAGCCGGCAGCACAGAGGGGAGGGGAAAGGGAAGAGAGAAAAGCCCACAGGUCGCCGCGCAUCCGUCACCAAAGACGCUUCCCAUCCACACCCUGCCGCGUCCUGCAGCUCUCCUUCCAUCACUUCUCUAGUCCGUGGCGCAUAUCGCGUCGUCAACACCCAGGGUCCUUGGCUGUCUUGACGCCUCUUCCCUGAGCACUGACUGCCGCCGCCGCCGCCGCCGCCGCCGC